AUGGACAAGUCCACAGCAAAGGCGAGGCCGUCAUUUAGCGAAGGCGCGCGGGUCGCGCUCCUGAAGACGGUCAACCGCAUGUUUACCCUCGACCCCCCUAUCGACAGCCUGGACGACCUUCACAACGGCCUUGUCCUAGGCAAGGUCCUCCACGAGCUUGAUCCCGAAUUCGACCCGUCGCAUCUAGAGAAGGACCAAACAGUUCCUCUCUUGACAAACAAGCGCAAUAUACAGUCGGUCUACAAGGGACUCUUCCGUUUCAUCCGUCGCAAGGUCCCGGAGCUGAGCUUCCAAGCCUCCAAAUUCGAUUAUCAUGCCAUCGCCGAAAGCCCUGACGCGCAAGGCAUCAGCCAGUUGCUCGCCGUCAUCGUUUGCACUGCAGCUUUUGGCCCUAACCGACAGCAAUAUGUUCCAAGAAUACAGCAUCUCGACCAGAAGGCGCAAGGGGAGCUUAUGCAUAUACUGCAAGUCGUGCAGAUGGAGAUGGCAGAUGCCAAGGGAGCAGCGGAUGAUACGGACGAAGCUGUGGACGAUGUGUUGGAGGCGCGCGACAUUGACCUCUUGGUGGAAGAGCAGAACGCCGCUCUUCGACAGCAACUAGACACUACCAAAAAGCAGCUGUCCGACUACAUUACGCGACUCGAAAAGCUCCACCAAAGCCACAGCGAACUUCAGUACGAGAAGGACAAGAACGACCGCGAACUCGAUCUUCUCCGCAAGGCCACCCGAGAUGGAGCUAGCAAUGCAGACACAGUCAAGGCUCUCGAGGCUCGGGUUCACGAGCAAAUGGAGAUCAUUGCUGAUUACGAAGAGACUAUGCGAGAGGAUGCCAAAGUCAAGGCUCAUCUUGAAUCUGAAGUUCAACGUCUCACCAAUAGAGCUGCAUUGGCCGAAUCUCUCCAGGAUCAGGUGGCCGAGUGGAAGCACAAGGCUGAGGAAUUCGAGAAAAAGGCCAACACGGCUGACCGAUACAAGCAGAAGCUUGAACAGCACCAAGGCGAUGCCAAGGAACUCUCCAACCUCAAAUAUGAGCGCGCAGAACUGCAGGACGAAAUUCAACGUCUGACCGGCGAGAUACUUCGCAGCCAACGCGUACACAAGGCCGACGCCGAGUUGAGCACACUAAUCUCCCAGUCUGAACAAGCUGUGUGGGACGAGCGCAACGCCAAGAACUUGCUGCGGCAAGACCUGGAACACGCCCUCACGGAGAAUGCACAACUACAAGCCCUCCGCGACCAAGAUGAGGUCAUCAUCAAGGAGUUGAAUGACCGGCUCCAAGGUGGAGAAGGCUCCUCGAUGCACCAGGGUGGCGAUGCUGGCAUGAGUCUCGAGGAUGAGCUGAACGAUGCCAACGACGGUGCUCCUGCAGCCGACUUCUCUCUGGCGAAUGCACGCCUCAAGGCAGAGAAUGAGGUUUUGAAGAGGACCGUCGCCUCAAAGGGGGAUACCACCAUCUUGCAGCGCGACUUGGACGUUAUGACUGCACACAGGGACCGACUACAAGCCAAGACGAAUGACGACUUUGAGAAGAUUGCGAUCCUCAAUGCACAGGUCGAGGCCGUGUUGAACAACCUGACAGGCGAAGGGGACAAGGCUUUUGCUGAGCUUCGUCAAGCCGACCUGGAGAAAGCGGACAAGCUCGAGAAGGCACAAAAGCGCAUUGAAGCACUCGAGCAGCAGGCCGCUGACCAGGCCCGCGAGCUCGUCACGCUCCGAACCGAUUUGGAAGCCGUGGACAAGGAUGCGGCCCAAGCCCUGGAGGACAUUAAGCACGCCGACGAGAUCGUAUCAGCAUCUCUGAAAUCGGAACUUGACCGGUUGCGCGAGAAACUUGGUAUCGUGACUGCUGACAACGACGCGCAGAAGAGCCAGCUCAUUGAAGCGCUCCUGGCCAAGGACCGACUCUCCAAGGCUGCUGAAGGCAAGACUCUGGACGAGAUUAUGGCCACUGACCCCGACCUGGCUGCAGCCGCCAAGAAGGAGACGGAGAAGAUCGAGAAGCUCCGGGCUCGCUUGGUUGAACGGAAUGAGCAACUUGAAAAGUCGGAGCUGGAGCGUGUCGACCUCCAACGUAAGCUCAAAGCUGCACUGGGAGGGGAUCUAGCGGCGGAGCAAAAGGCUGCUCUUGAGAAGACGAUCAAGAACCUCCAGAGAGAGAAUGCGUUGAUGGCGACGGCGUGGUUUGACCUCACCGGCCGCAUCCAGAGCAAUCUCGUCGUACUUCAGAGACGCCACGAUGCGCCCAAAAGUUGGCUGAACAAGCAGCGGCAGAUGGUUAACGGUCAGUUGCGCCGCCGCGACUCGCUCUAUCUCUACUGA